AUGUCUAUAUAUCGCAGUGUUACUUGGUUUGUGAAAGGACUGCGGGAAUACACCAAAGGUGGAUACCAGUCUGCCAGCAAACAUUUUAACUCAUCCGACCUUGAUGUUGACAUUGCCCAUCGCAGUUACAUGAUCACCGGAGCCAACAGUGGUAUUGGUCGGUUUGUGGCUCUAACAAUAGCAAAAAAAGGAGGGACAGUCCACUUGGUGUGUAGGAACAAAGACAGAGGCGAGGCUGCUCAAAAGGAUAUCCGGGAACAGGCUAGAAAUGAGAAUGUACAUCUACAUAUUGUUGACUUGUCAAGACCUGCCCAAAUUGUGGCCUUCACUGAGCAGUUCAAGAACAGUGGACAAACUCUCAAUGUUUUGAUCAAUAAUGCAGGAGUACUUGUAAAUGGUGACCAGCGGCAGGUAACUGAAGACGGACUGGAAACAACAUUUGCCACGAAUACUCUCGGAGUACAUAUGUUGACUAAGGGGCUGAUACCUGUCCUGAAGAAUGCAGAGGACCCUCGAGUUAUAACAGUCUCAUCGGGUGGCAUGCUGGUUCAAAAGCUUGAUGUAAAGGACCUACAGUUCGAGCGCAUGACCAAGUUUGAUGGCACCUUGGCAUAUUCUCAGACUAAACGACAGGAAGUUGUUUUAACUUCCUUAUAUGCCAAAUUGUAUCCAGAAAUCCACUUUUCCAGUAUGCAUCCAGGAUGGGUAGACACACCAGGAGUCCAGACAUCAUUGCCACAGUUUUAUGAAAAAAUGAAAGACAAAUUGCGAAGUGAAGAACAAGGAGCAGACACAGUGAUUUGGUUGGCUGUUUCUCCAGCCGCUACCAAACAUGGCAGUGGGCUCUUUUUUCAAGAUCGUACACCUGUCUCAACUCAUCUCCCCUUAGCCUGGACCAAAUCAUCCCCCGCAGAAGAGCAGGAGUUAAUUUCCAAACUGGAUGAGCUAGCACAGAAGUAUACUACUGUUUAA